CUCUUUCACUGUAUUAGAAAUAUACCUAUAUAUACAUAUAUAUGUAUUUAUCUGUGUGUUUGUAUUAUAUAUACACACACAGAUCCUCAGUCUUUCUCUCUAUAUUUUGCUCAGUUUGUUGAAGAAAAUCCAUAACAGAGAAAGAAGAACAGAGAGAUAUAAUUACAAGAGAGAUAUAGAAAAAGGAAGUGAAAGAUCGGAAGAUGGGUUCGGUUCCACCGGAGCUGAGCUUGGAUUUUGCGCCGAGUUUUGUGCCGAAAACGAUCACUGAUUUUCUCAGGGACGUGUCGAUGAUCGGUAGCGUGUCGGAAAGAGCGUUGAAGCUCGAUGACUUCGUGAAAAGAUUGGAGGGAGAAAUGGGGAAGAUCGAUGCGUUUAAGCGCGAGCUUCCACUCUGCAUGAUUUUAUUGAACGAUGCGAUUUCAGUUUUAAAGGAGUCAAUGCAAUGCUCUGUGCCUAAUGAGGUUCAACCAGUGUUGGAGGAGUUUAUACCACUGAAGAAAGAUUGUGAUCAAAAUGAAGAAAACAAGAAAGAAAAGGAUUACAAGGAUAAGAAGAACUGGAUGAGCUCUGUUCAGCUGUGGAACUCUGAGGAUUACUCCUCUACUGAUUGCACCAAAUCUAAUCCUAAAUUGGAUACAAAGAAAAGUGAGGAAGAAGGUGUCUUAGGAAGUGAGGAUCCAUUCCAAUCUAGUAGAAAUAGAAAUGGAGGCAGGGCAUUUAUGCCAUUUAAAGCCUAUCCGGGUUUUCCAGUGGCGAGGAAAGAGGAGAAGGAGGAAUUGCCAGUACAUGGACUUUCUUUGCUUACUCCGGGGAUUAAGAAUCCAAGGGAGGAAUCAGGCUCUAAUGGUUUGAGAACCAGCUGUGGCAAAUCUGUUUCCUCCUCUGCUCCUAAUGCUAUUAUACGGAGUGGGACACAGCAGUCACAGCAGCAGACUGCUAGGAAACAGAGGAGAUGCUGGUCACCGGAGUUGCAUAGGCGGUUUGUCAGUGCUCUGCAGCAACUUGGAGGCUCACAAGUGGCUACUCCAAAGCAAAUUAGAGAACUGAUGCAGGUUGAUGGGCUGACCAACGACGAAGUUAAGAGUCAUUUACAAAAAUACAGACUUCAUACUCGAAGGCUUCCAAAUUCUACAGCAGCUGCUCCUGCAAAUCAAUCUGUUGUUGUUUUAGGGAGUUUAUGGAUGCAAGAUCAAUAUGGUGACUCUUCUAAGGCUAGCAGUUCCCAGUCUGGUUCUCCCCAAGGUCCCCUGCACUUAACUGGGAACACUGGAGGGACCUCCACCACAUGUGGUGACAGCAUGGAAGAUGAUGAAGAUGCAAAAUCUGAGGGCUAUAGCUGGAAAAGUCACACUCAGAAACCUGGAAAAGCUGAUGUAUAGAGUUCAUCUACCAUGAAAUUUUUGCAGAUAAGACAUAUACAUGGGAGGAGCUAAUUACUAUAUAAGAAAAUUACACUAUACAUAAAUGAGAAGGAUCUUGAGAGAGGCUGUGAAAUUUUGCAGGAUUAGCUUUCCUUGUGUCUCAAAUUUGAGUUGUUAUUUUAUUGCGGGAUUGGUAAGAGAAUUCUAAGCAAAAUCCAUGUGCGCAUGGAAGAAACAAGGCCAUUGACCCAUAUCGUAAAUCUCUUAGCUACCUAAUACUUGUUAUGAAUUUUUAAUGUUAGAAUCUUAGUUUGGACUUUUCUCUUA